AUGGCACAUCUUAUUAAAACACAUAGGGCAAUGAACAAAAACGCACAUUCAGAUCCUCCUGAUCAAGAGGAAAAUGAGGAUUCAGUAACCAUAGAUUUUACUUCCGUUGAUCUCAAUCUAAAUAAUACUAAAUGCUCAAAUACACACAACUGUAAUACAAAUCAAAAUAAGACUAUUUUUCAACCUAAAAAUGGUUACGGUUUCUCAUCGGUUAAGAUUGACAAAUUCGGUAAAGAUCCUGUUAUCAUUUGGAAAAGUAGUAAUGAUUCAAUAUAUUCCAACAAUGUAGUUUUUAUCAAAUACAACUCAGAGGAAGCUGAAGUGCUUAUUUAUUUGACUGAUGAAUCGGUUAAAAAAUUCGUUUCAUUUGCUGGAGGUAAUUGGACGGAACUUAAUUUGUCGGAAAUAACUACAGUAGGAAUCAGCAUAGAGUCUAUGGACGAUAGUUUUGCCUACACCAACGAUUUAGAUAAUCAGUUUCGAAUAUUCAGGGUUAGAGAAGGAUUUAUUUUCAACUGUCUUUAUGAAUUACGGAACUAUUUACGUCCUUCUUCUAAAUAUUCAACUGUCUGGGAAGCCAGAAAUGAAACUGAAUACGCUAAUAAAAUCAUUGUAGAUGGUAUCAAGCUCUUGUAUUACCCUAAAAAGGCCUCAAUUUUUUUAACAAAUGGCACAGUUAAACACUUUUCAAAAAAGGGCAGUGCUUGGGUGGAAAAGGCCUCUGUCACAGAAAUUGACAUCAGCUCAGUUAAAGAAACUUUUUUUUACUACAGUUAUUUUGAUAACAACGUCAGAACAUUUAGCUCUAAAACUGGAUUUUCAUUUAAUAAGGUCAAAUCCGAUAACACUGAUAUAUGGGCAACUACCAACAAUUCUGAGUAUGCCAAUAAAGUUGUAUUUGCUAAACGUUACGCUGACAAACUUGAUGUUACAAUUCAUUUCGGUGAAAAGAAUAAAAAGUUAUUUAUAAAGGAAAGUGAAAAUGAUCCCUGGAAAGAGAUAAAUUUGACCAUAUUAAAUCCUAAGUCGUUCAACAUCGAUUAUCCUUACGAAACAUACUUUUUCACUAACGAUUUAAAUAAUAACUUUAGAACAUUUACUGCUAAAACAGGAUUUGCUUUUAUAAGCGCCAACGAAUUCAUUGAUGAUCAAAAGAUUGAUAUUUGGACCUCUAGUAAUGAUAACGACUACGCCAAUAAAAUUGAAGUAGAUCUUAUGAAUAACGACUCCAAAGCAGUUACUCUUUACUUUCCGGGAAACAAGACUAAAUUGUUUAUGAAACAUAAUAAGACCGAGCAUUGGACUGAAGUUGAUACCACCAAAGUAAUUUUUAAGACGAUGAGUAUCACGGACGAUAAAGAAACCUACUUUUGUUCCAACAAGUUGCGAGACUCCAAUAGAACUUUUGAGGCUAAAACGGGAUUUGCUUUUAAUAAAGUUGAAGAUGUUAAUACUGUUAUAUGGACCAGCACUGAGGAUACCGAAUAUGCUAAGAAAGUUGAAUAUGCCAAACGCUACACUGGUAUCCUUGAUCUAACAAUUCAUAUGGGUAGUGGGAAAAAAAAGUUAUUUAUAAAAGAAAAUGAAAAUGAUCCAUGGGAAGAAAUUGACAUUACCAUAGUUCAUCCUAAAUCAGUCAACGUCGAUUAUGAAGACGAAAGUUAUUUUUACAAAAAUGAAUUACAAGGCAAAACAAGAACAUUUAAAGCUAAAACCGGUUUUAUUUUUGAAGGUGCCCAUGAAUAUAUCAAUAAUAACAAAGUUGAAAUUUGGAAAACGGAUAACAAGAGUGAGUACAUAAAUAAGAUCGUAAUGCAGCCUGUAAAUAAUGUUGGUGGUAAAGCAGUUACUAUUCACUUUAAUUAUGAUAAAACUAAAGUGUUUAUUAAAAGCCGUAAGUACGAGUCUUGGACAGAAAUUGAUACAACAGAAGUGAAUCCUAAGUCAGUAAGUAUCCAAGACCAAGAUGAUACUUAUUUUUAUACCAUCAGGUUCGAUAAGGGUGUUAGGACAUUUGAGGCUAAAACCGGAUUUUUAUUUAAUGGCGUUAGAGACGACAAUAGUGAUCUAUGGACCACUACUAACGAGAACGAAUAUGCUAAGAAAGUAGUGUCUGAAGAAAAUAAAAAGGUGAUAAUUCAUUCAGCCAAUGGUUCUACUAAGGUUUUUAAUAAGAUAGUUGGCGAUAUAUGGGCAAAAGAUACUAAAGCUUCAACCAAGGGGACCACAAUAUUUUCUGAAACAGAGUCUAGUUCCACAGCCUAUAAGGAUUAUUCUAAAAUCGAUAUUUAUCUCGACAUAUUGUCAGACAAGUCUAAUGACAUGUUUGAUUACAAAAGGGAUGGUCAAUAUGUCACUUAUACAGCCAAAGAUAACUACGUUUUCAAACUUGUCAAGGAAGGUAACACCAAUAUAUUGGAAACCACUGACGUCACCCAUUAUUCCGAUAAAGUCGAAGUGGAUCUUUUGAAUAAUGAUGCCAAAGCUGUUACUGUCUUUCUGGGUGAUGAUACAAGGAGGAUAUUCAUCAGAAGUAGCACUGGUAGCCCAUGGGCCGAGUUUGACACAUCCAAAUUAAAUACCAAGACAAUAAACAUCAAUUUUCCUUGCGAAAGUUAUUUCUACAAAAAUGAUUUAAAAGGUAACCUUAGAACAUUUACAUCUAAAAAAGGAUUUGCUUUUAAAGCUGCCAAUGAAUAUGUCAAUGGUAACAUGGUUGAAGUUUGGCAAAGGAAUAAAGAGAACGAGUAUUCAAAUAUGAUUGUUAACGAAGGAGGUAAAAAAGUAACAAUAUAUUUAGCCGAUGGUUCUACAAGGGUGAUUAAGAAAGAAUCUGAAGGUCAAUGGAGAGAUGAUACAACAGGAACUAUUACAGUACCUUUACAUUUUGAAACUACACAGCCAAGAGUCAGGUUAUUUAAGGUCAAUCCUUCGGACUUAUCCAAUCUAUUGUCAUUAAGUACUAACGAAUUUUCUUCGAUUACAAGCGGAAACGUGGUUAAGUACCAGAUUGCCAAUGGUGUUAAUUGUACCCGAUUGAUGAUUGACGACGUUUUAUUGUGGGAAUACGACUCUUCAAAAUAUGGAGAUCGAUAUCCCAGAUCAGUAUACCAUAAUACAGAAACCGAUAUUUUAUUACUCAGGAUAUCAGGUGUAGAUAUCACAUUUGAGAACACCGCUGAAGGUUGGAUAUUCACUGAAUCAGGACCACUAGCCGUCAAGUUCCACAUAGUUGAUCCUAAAGAUAACACCAAGACUGUCGAACUCCCAACUACUCACUUAACGCUAAGUGAAAGUGGUGAUAUGACCACAUUCACUAUAGCAGACAAUGUUGAUACUAUCGCAUUAACUUAUGGAUCAGUUAUAUUAUGGCAACAUGAUCCUAAUAAACACAGUGGAAAGCACCCUAAGUCAUUAGUUUAUACCAGAUCCACAGAAACACUCGUACUUAAAUUUGAAGGUAUAGAUAUAACUUUUGAAAAGAAUACAGAAGGUGGUUGGGAGUACACUGAGACUGUUACAGAUGACCGUAAAGUAGAAUCUACACCACCAGCAGCUCAAACUGGAGCAUCCACUACAAAACCAAGAGUCAGGUUAUUUAAGGUAAAUCCUUCGGACUUAUCCAAUCUAUUGUCAUUAAGUACUAACGAAUUUUCUUCGAUUACAAGCGGAAACGUGGUUAAGUACCAGAUUGCCAAUGGUGUUAAUUGUACCCGAUUGAUGAUUGACGACGUUUUAUUGUGGGAAUACGACUCUUCAAAAUAUGGAGAUCGAUAUCCCAGAUCAGUAUACCAUAAUACAGAAACCGAUAUUUUAUUACUCAGGAUAUCAGGUGUAGAUAUCACAUUUGAGAACACCGCUGAAGGUUGGAUAUUCACUGAAUCAGGACCACUAGCCGUCAAGUUCCACAUAGUUGAUCCUAAAGAUAACACCAAGACUGUCGAACUCCCAACUACUCACUUAACGCUAAGUGAAAGUGGUGAUAUGACCACAUUCACUAUAGCAGACAAUGUUGAUACUAUCGCAUUAACUUAUGGAUCAGUUAUAUUAUGGCAACAUGAUCCUAAUAAACACAGUGGAAAGCACCCUAAGUCAUUAGUUUAUACCAGAUCCACAGAAACACUCGUACUUAAAUUUGAAGGUAUAGAUGUGACUUUUGCAAAGAAUAACGAAGGUGUAUGGGAGUACACAGAGACUGAUACCUCUGAUAGUGAAGCAACUACUACACAACCUGAAUCAGAUGGCACUUCAGAACCUGGUGAAGGUGCUUCUACUACACCUCCACCUGAAUCUAGUGGAGAAGGUACUCCAGCUACACCAUCAGCUCAAACUGGACCAUCCACUACACAGCCAAGAGUCAGAUUAUUAAAGGUAAAUCCUUCAGAUCCAUCUAGUCUUAUGGCACUAGGUGCUAAUGAUGUUAGUUAUUCCACAAGUGGAAGUGUGGUCUUAUACAAGAUAUCAUCAGGCGUUAAUUGUGUUCAGUUAAUAUUUGACAAUGUUUUAUUGUGGCUCUACGAUCCAAAUCAACUAGGCUGCAGAUAUCCUGAAUCAUUAUACCAUGAUACUAGCACUGACGUUUUAGUCCUCAGGUUCCCAGGUUUAGAUAUAACUUUUGAAAAGAAUACAGAAGGUGGUUGGGAGUACACUGAGACUGUUACAGAUGACCGUAAAGUAGAAUCUACACCACCAGCAGCUCAAACUGGAGCAUCCACUACAAAACCAAGAGUCAGGUUAUUUAAGGUCAAUCCUUCGGACUUAUCCAAUCUAUUGUCAUUAAGUACUAACGAAUUUUCUUCGAUUACAAGCGGAAACGUGGUUAAGUACCAGAUUGCCAAUGGUGUUAAUUGUACCCGAUUGAUGAUUGACGACGUUUUAUUGUGGGAAUACGACUCUUCAAAAUAUGGAGAUCGAUAUCCCAGAUCAGUAUACCAUAAUACAGAAACCGAUAUUUUAUUACUCAGGAUAUCAGGUGUAGAUAUCACAUUUGAGAACACCGCUGAAGGUUGGAUAUUCACUGAAUCAGGACCACUAGCCGUCAAGUUCCACAUAGUUGAUCCUAAAGAUAACACCAAGACUGUCGAACUCCCAACUACUCACUUAACGCUAAGUGAAAGUGGUGAUAUGACCACAUUCACUAUAGCAGACAAUGUUGAUACUAUCGCAUUAACUUAUGGAUCAGUUAUAUUAUGGCAACAUGAUCCUAAUAAACACAGUGGAAAGCAUCCCAAUUCAUUAUACUAUAUUAAAAGUACAGACACACUAGUCCUCAGGUUUGAAGGUUUGGAUAUCGCAUAUGCAAAAAAUACUCAAGGGGUAUGGGAGUACACAGAGACUGAUACCUCUGAUAGGGAAGCAGAUAAUGUAAUCAGCGAUGGUACUAGCAGUUUACGUGAUCGAGCUCAAUCAGUAGAAUACCUGGUGAUGACGUAUACAUACCAUAUAGUACAUAGCAUGACAAUGGAAUUUAACAUAGAAGCAUGUUACAUGAUGAUAUUACGGGUCAAUAAUAGCCAACAACAGCCAUGGUUUCAGCCAUGA